GUUGGUUGUUUUUAUCUAGGAAGAAACAUAACAAAAAAAAAUCUCAUUUUUGCUGGUAUAAAAAAACCAAAAAAUAAAUAUAUUUUGUAUCUUUUUUUCUUUAUUUCUUUUUUUCUUUGGCUUUGAUCAUUGCCGGCAAAAAUGAAUCGUUCCAUUGUUGCCCUUCUCUGUUACUUCCUUCUACUAGCCUCCUCAGCCUCAGCUUUUAAUAUCACAAAAAUUCUAAGCCAAUUUUCUGAUUAUAGCACUUUUAAUGACCUUCUUUCUAAAUCUGGCUUAGCCACUGAAAUUAACAAAAGGGCCACAAUUACAAUUUUGGCCGUUCCAAAUGGUGCAAUUGGUGAUCUUACCUCAAAAUCAGAUGAUGUUCUCAAGAGUGUUUUAUCAACCUAUGUUGUAUUAGAUUACUAUGAUAUCCCGAAACUCAAAAGUUUAAAGGACAAAAGUGUAAAAAUGACAACAAUGUACCAACAAUCUGGUAAAGCAAGAUUUGACCAAGGUUUCUUGAAUGUGACAGCUAAAGAUGGAAGUUUUGUAUUUGGAUCAGCUGUUAAAGACGCACAACGCGAUUCAAGGCUCGAAAAAUCUGUUAUGAAUCAGCCUUAUAACAUUUCAGUUCUUGGAAUUUCUCAGCCGUUUGUUACACCUGGACUUGAUGGAACACUUGCACCAGUUGCAGCACCACCACCUAAGGCUAAUAAUGCAACAUCUUCACCUAAAAGUUCACCACCUGCUUCUGAUGAUGAAGCAGAGUCCCCUGCUGAGGAAGCAGAGUCCCCUGCUUCUGAAGAAACAGAGGCCCCUGCUCCUUCUAAGGAUGCCGAUUCUUCGGCUAGUUCGCCCUCAUCUGAUUCGCCACCGGCUGACGCUCAGGCGCCACCACCGGCUGGAUCUUCUGCUGGGAAAUUGAAGGUUUCCUUUGGUUUGUUUGUUGUUUUGGCAUCAAUGGUUGCAGCUUUUUAAAAAGGGAGUUUUGUGAGGAUGUCCAAGAUUCUUGGAUUGUAGAGAGGAAAAAAUAAAUGAUACAUCUUAUGUACAAGACUUUUAGAUGUUAAAACAAUAUGAUUUUCGAAAUAUAUAAGAAGUGUAUACCUUUAUCCAUAGAUGAUCUCUGUUUACGUUAUAAUAACAACAACAAUAAUAUUCCCAAGCUCUAUGCUGUUGGGAACUCU